UGAAUCGCUGUGUUGAGCCGGGGCGAUUAGAGCUGUGGGUUUGGUCGCCUCUGGCUGCGGAUGACACGGCAGCAGCGUGUUUUGGUCUCUCGGCAGCAGCGUUUCCUCCUACCCCUCCAUCGUGUCGUGGCCAAACACCCCAAGAGCCAUCAAAAAUAAUGGGGAGGAGACACACAGGAACCUGUCCGGGCACGGGAGGUGCUGCUGCUUGAGCUCUUCCUGGAGAAAUAUGGCUACUUUAGCGAGCAGGGGGCCGGCACGCACAGCCCCGCCGAGUUCACCGAGGCGCUGAGGGAUUUCCAGCGGGUGACCCACCUCCCGCUCAGCGGGGUGCUGGAUGCCCCCACCCUCCAUCAGAUGGCUCUGCCGAGGUGCGGCACCGACGACGGGAAGAGCCGCGCUGCCGGGGCACGCCGGGCAUCGCCCGCCUGGCGCCGCAGGCGCACGGCACAGCACGGUGGGCGGUGGUACAAGCGGCACCUGACGUACCGCGUGGUGAACUGGCCGUCCUACCUGCCCCAGCACGAGGUGCGCCUGGCUGUGAGAGCCGCCUUCGAGCUCUGGAGCAACGUGUCCUCCCUGGUGUUCUGGGAGGCGCAGGAUGGCCCAGCUGACAUCCGCCUGACCUUCUUCCACGGCGACCACAACGAUGGACUCAACAACGCCUUCGAUGGGCCAGGAGGUGCCCUGGCUCAUGCCUUCUUCCCCCGGCGAGGAGAAGCCCACUUUGACAGCGCCGAGCGCUGGUCCCUGCACAGUGGCAAAGGGCGCAACCUCUUCAUCGUGGUGGCCCACGAGGUCGGGCACACGCUGGGGCUGGAGCACUCGCCUGUCAAGAGCGCCCUGAUGUCUCCCUACUACAAGAAGCUCAGCAAGGAUUUUGUCCUCAGCUGGGAUGACAUCUUGGCCAUCCAGAACUUGUAUGGGAAGCCCUCCAAGGGCUUGGCUAUCCAGCUCCCAGGAAAGGUCUUCACUCACUUCCAGGACUGGAACACGGACUUUUAUGACAGGGACCGACAGCAGAGGAGCCUCAGCACCUAUUACUGCCACUCCUUCUUCGACGCCAUAACCGCCGAUGGGGAUCACAACCUCUACAUCUUCAAGGGCAGCCACUACUGGGUGGUGUCAGCGAGUGGCAACGCCAGUGACCCGCGGCCGCUGCAGCCGCGCUGGCCCGGCCUCCCCGCCGGCAUCGACGCCUGCGCCUGGUCCCAGCUCAGCGGAAAGUUCUACUUCUUCAAAGGCGGCCGCUGCUGGUGCUACGCGGGCUCCAAGCUGGAGGCAGGAUUUCCCCGAAAAUGCAGCGCCCUCGGGCUCCCUCGGCACCCGGACACCGCGCUCUACUUCCAGCAGCUCCGGCGCCUUGUCCUCUUCAAGGGCCCCAAGUACUUCGUGGUGAGCGAGGAGCCCCUGGGCGUGGAGCCCUACUACCCCCGCAGCCUGCGGGACUGGGCAGGGCUGCCCCCGGGCACGGCCGGGGCCGUCCCCCACCGCCACGGCUCCGUCUACUUCUUUCGGGAUGACCAGUACUGGGAAUUUGACCAGGCUAAGCUGCAAGUGGUGGCCACUGGCAAAUGGGCCACGCAGCUCGCCUGGAUGGGCUGCUGGGACGCCAACAGUGAGCAGGUCCUUUUCUGAGCACGGCCUGACAGGAUGGAAAGGGGGUCUGGACCCCACAUCGCUCGCUGCUGCCUGGGUCCCUCUUUAUGUGACUCUGGAUUCCUGUCUGAGGAUGGUUAGGCAGGGACUGGCUGCCCACGGAUGGCUGGAGCUGUGGGGUGGUGGAGCAGUGCCCCAGCAGAGCUUGGGAGCAGCUGGGACAGGUCCCCCACAGCCAGGUGGGCUGGAGGUUUGGGACACGGUAUUUUUUUGAAAAGGCCACAAAAAAAAACGGUAUCAGCUGUGGAGACUGUGAACACACCCAUUUCUGGCAACUUCCAGGAUAUUGUUACACAUUUUUUUCAAAGCAGGACUGGGGUUUGUUGAUGCUUUUUGAUAUCUUUGUUGAUGCUUGUAUCUGUCAUUUCCCCUCGAUCAGGCGGAGAAUUGUCUCGCUGCUGCUUGCUUUGGGGUUUGGAUGGUUUUAAACAACAGACUGAGAAUGUUUCAUGCUUAAAACUAAAAGACAAGAGACACUUGGACAAAAAUUUGGGUCCAUGUGGAGCUUUGCCCCUGCUGUUUGUUCAGACCCCGGGGUAUGGAGGAUUGGGGAUGCUUUGCUGGGCUGUGCUCACAUCCCAGUGCUCUGCUGAGGCACUGGCUGGAGACAUCACCAGAGUGGGAUUUUGGGGCUGAAAGCAGAGGGAUUUGGUGUAGGAGCCUCUUUGGGGUGGAGAGAAAAGGGAGGCUCAGCUGAGCUGCUGGCCAUGUCACCGUGCAGCUCACAGGCAGCAGGAGCACCGGCUUUCUGAUGGGUUUGGGGUGCCUGGGUGGGUUCUCAGUGUCUGAUAAGGGUUGUGCUCACCUGGCAGCCCUCCUUGUGUGCAGAGGAAGUGUCUGUGCUCUGCUGUCUCUGAAAGAGUCAGGAUCAGCAUAUUUCAGAGUCCCUGGGCCCCACCUGGAUGAAAGGGGGUGACAAAUAACUGGGGGAGGAGGAGAAGAGGAGAGGGCGAGCAGGACAGAGGGACAUGUCCAUGCAUGCAGGCUCACAGGGGCAGUGUGGCUGCAUAUUCCUCAUUCCUUUCCCAAGGCAGACUCCCCACCUGGAAACGCCGCUGGCUCCUGGGCACAGUCACCAGUGGUGUCUGCAAAGAGCCAUCGUGUCCCAGGGCUGGAAUUCCGUGGCAUUGGUGCCAAGCAAGGCAGGGCUCAGCUUUAUUAAAUGAUUUCUUGAAACCAUUUCUUCAGUGGUUCUCCCGGGGCUCAGGGCCCAGCACUGCUUUGGUCCUGCUGUGCUGUGCCAGGGUGCUGUGCCACCUCAGGGUGCCCUCCUGAUGCCAGCAGCUCCAAGGAUUCCUCUUUCACUCACCUUUGCCCAUUCUAGAUCCUCCCUGCAGAGCAGGGCUUGCCCUAAGCAGGGUGCCAGGGCUGCUACUUCCCGAGGGCUCUGGGUGCUGCCAGGUGCUGGCUGAGCUGUGGGUUUGGUGGGAUGAGGAUCCAGAACUCUGCCUGUUCUCCGUAACACCUGUGAGUGAGCCCUUCGUGUGCAGACACAGACACGGGGUCUUCAUCUGCCUAAAAUCUCAGGGGAUUUCCCACAUUUCCAAAGAAAUGGGCAUUUUGGUUGGAAUUGAAUGACAGUAACGUGACGUUGCCUGCAGGGAAUCCCGAGGGCUUGGAGACCUGACAGCAAAUAAAACCAACCUCUGGAUAUGUGGCA